AAUUGUUGAUUCCUACAUUGGGAUCAUUACCAACAACAACCUACAAAGAAAAGCCCACUGAGGCCAUUUCUCAUCCCACAUAUUCAUUGAAGACUGGAAAGGAUAAAGUGUCCAAACUCAGAGAAAAACUCCUGCUGAAGCGACUGAUCUCCACACUGUUAUAAAGAUGGCAUUUAUUAAAGUAGAAAGUGAAGACCUGAAAAUUGAAGAAACAUUCACAGUCAAACAGGAAGAUCUGCAGGAACAAACAGGUGAAUUGCUGGGAAUGGAGCACCUUUACAGCCAGACCGGCAAAACCCUGACUCCGGUGCUCCAGAACCCAGAGGAGGAAGACAGGCUGGUGGAGGAAGUAGAUGAUGAGGAUCUACAAGAUGACGGGUUUGAGGAGGAGAUCAUGGAGGACAUCACAGUUCCAGUGCUGUAUGAGGAUGACCCCUGCCGUGAUCUCAGAAACAGCCCCUCAUCUUCGCCUCUGCCUCAGUCCCCAGCAUUACUGGCUGAGCCGUCCACAUCAGCUGGUGGAGAAGGACAGCUUCCUAGCCCAGCCCCCUCAGUGCCGUCACAGCCAUCCAAGUCUGGAGACAGUCUCUCUGUUGAGGCUCAGGGAGUAGUCAUUGGACCUGAUGGCAUUGCUGGGUGGGACAAGGUCCAGGAUCUGGCUGCUUAUUUGGUAGGUCUUCGUGAGGCUCCUUACCUCACUGACCUGCAGGUGACAGAGGCCAUCCAGCUGUGGACAGCUCUCCUGGAUGUCGAUAAACAGCGCAUCAACUACCAGCCUCGACAUCAGCCUCAGCUGACACAUGGGCGCUUUAAGGCACCGAAUCGCUCCGGAGUCACUCCAGGUGUGGAGAGCGUCAAGCGCUGUCUGAUUGGACAUCCUGGGGGUCCAGCACAGUGGCCUAGCACCAGCCGCUUGGUUGAGGCCAUUUGUACAAAGCUGUGUGCCGUACACAAGUCCACUUCCAAGAAGGCUGGUGUUCGCACGCCCAGGUGGUCUAAAAUACUGACCGAUUACCACCACAUCCGGGAUCUGGUGCUUGGCAGUCGCAGACUGAUGGAUGAAACAGUGAACCAGCUUUUUGAGCUAAACCAGAAGACGCUCAUUCAGUGGUAA